AUGAUCAAUGAUUUGAAGAAGCUGGAGAGAUUCUACUGUUCUGGCUGCAAUCUUGGACCCACUCUCUCGAGCGGACUCUUGAAAUUCCGCAGCCCCAAGCUUAAGGUGGUGACGCUGUAUGAGAACAACAUCUCAAAGCUGAAGCCAAAAGCCAUCACAGGUCUCAGGUUUGACACAGAAGUUUAUCUAAGCAAGAACAAUAUCACGGAGCUAGAGCAGGAGACCUUUCUUCCCAUACUGGAGGAUCUUUGGCAUGGAAAUGGGUCACUCUUCCUGUCAGGCAAUCCCAUCCAGUGUGGGUGCAAGUUGGCCUGGCUAGUAUUUGCUCCGGAGCUAUUGAGAGUUGUUAAGGGCACCUGUGAGAACGGGACGGUUCUAAAAACGCUGCAUCAAAAUUCCUUGAAUCAUUGCCGCUCGUGUCCCUACUACUGUGUGAGUGUCAAGCAAGACCAUUUCUGCGCUCGAGGGACAUUAGCUCCCUGGAAUCCAAGUAACUGUACAUCCGAGAAAGUGUGUUGCAAGUUGGAUUUCCGCGAGAAAUUGCAAUCCGACGAAGAAUGUGGAAGGAAGAAGCAAGACCCACAGGGGUUAAUAGCAAAGGGGAAUCCGUCGGGCAUGGGAAAGUGGCCGUGGCAGGCAGCUAUUUAUGAUGCCGUGAACGAAGAUAUCACCUGCGGAGGUGCUCUCAUUCAGAAGCAAUGGGUUCUAACUGCAGCUCACUGUGUCACUGGCGAAAGUUCUACGAAUACUCGGAACCAGACUGAGUUUCGUGUCUAUCUCGGAAAGCACUAUCGCCAUAACUUCACUGACGAUAAACAAGUGCAGCUCAGAGAGGUGUCUAAGAUUAUAGUUCAUGAGGAUUACCACUAUCAGAAUUAUGACUCUGACAUCGCUUUGCUGAAACUUACGGAAGAGGCUAAUUUGACCGCACGAGUUCAGUUGGUAUGUCUCCCAACACCUCAGGACAAUCCCGAGAAUAGAAUGCUUGGAUGGGUAGCCGGUUGGGGUUACAACGGUUCGGACGUUCAUCCAGACGUGCUGAUGGAAGCAGAAUUGCCGGUGGUGUCGAUUAACGAUUGCCGUCUGGACAUUACUCGUUCCUCAGGGAACCCAACUCUUACUCAGACCCUCACAUCGAAUAUGUUCUGUGGCGGCCACGAUAUUAAGAGUCCUGAGGAGAUGUUCCAAACGGUGUGCCCCGGGGAUUCGGGCAGUCCUAUGGUCUUUCGUUCCGCUGCCUCAUGGGGAAGUCCCUGGCAGGUGAUGGGGAUCGUGAGUCACUUUCUUCGAAGUACUCCAUGCUCCUUGAGAGGCCCUGGCUAUUACGGCAUUUUCACCAACGUCAGUCGCAUCUUUCGCAUUCGAUUUCUGGAGAUGGUCGGAUUCUCCUUAUUGAGUCAUUCCAUGGCAAGCUGUGCAAAGAUAGUUGCUGCACCGGCUGGGAUUUGA